AUGUCCAUACCAUCUGCGGUUCGCAUGUCAUCUUCCAGCUUUGACCCCACACCGUUCAUGGUCAUGAUCAUUGCCCUGCUUAACGACGGUACCAUCAUGACCCUGUCUAUCGACCGUGCUCUGCCUUUGAAUACGCCCGACAGUUGGAGUCUGCCUGUGAUCUUCGCAUCUGCCUUUACCUACGAUAUCUAUCUCGCUCUCUUGACGAUCACCCUGGUCGCUGUAUGCAUUCGUACCACCCCCUCCUUCGACAAGUUCGGUGCAACCUCAUGGACGGUUGCCACCAUCUUGCGGGCGCUCAUCUUCAUCACACCUCAUAUCUCAUCGGCCAUCGCUUCAUACAGCGACUGGGGCUUCACUGAGGUUGCGGCUGUUGAAGGUUCUUGGAUUGGUAUCACCUGGGAUACCUGCUGGUUCUUGUCCAUGGGUUUCGUCAAGUUCGCGAUGAAGGCCACCAGCAUCAAGUACCUGCGUAACUCUCUCGCGGCCAGCGUCCUUGCGUGCCACGUCGAUCCACAACUCACUGUACUCGAUCGCGUUGGUUUCCUCCGCCGCGCCGCCCACAGGGUUAGCAUCCAGCAAAAGGUCUCGGUCAAGCCCGAUGAGCUUCUCCGGUUCUCGAGUAUCCAGACCACACAGACUGGCUCCGUUCUGGCCUGCCACCUUUCGCGUGCUCAGGCAUAA